AUGAAAGCAAAGCAAGUCACCUCUGAAAUAGAUCAGUUUAAACAUCUGUCAUCAUUAUCAUUGUCAACAUUUUAUCGUCGUCGUAUCUGGAACGAGAGAGCAGAGAAAAAAAAAAGAAACAUAUUAUAUGUUUACUUAAUGCCAUCAUUUGCUGACUUGACAACUGACGCUGGUGUCAUCGACCUCAACGAAUACUUGAAGGACAAGACUUACCUUGUUGGUUUCCUCCCAUCCAAUGUCGACCAAGAAGCCGUCAAGAAGCUCGGCAAGGCCCCAUGUGCCACCAAGUACCCACACGCCAACAGAUGGUACAACACCAUCCAAGCUCUCGAAGCCUCUGAAUUCGUAGCCGUCACUGAAACCAUCACUGUCAAGGCUGCCGCCCCAGCCAAGGCCGACGACGAUGUUGACUUGUUUGGUGACGACGAAGAUGACGAGGAAUACGAACGUCAAUUGGAAGAGCGUCGUGCUGCCGCUGCUGCCCUCAAGAAGCCAAAGGAAAAGGUUAUCGCCAAGUCCUCCAUCCUUUUGGAUGUCAAGCCAUGGGAUGAUGAAACCGACAUGGCUGCCCUCGAAGCCUCUGUCCGUACCAUCGUCAUGCCAGGUCUCGUCUGGGGUGCCUCCAAGUUGGUCGCCGUCGGUUACGGUAUCAAGAAGUUGCAAAUCAACUGUGUCGUUGAAGAUGACAAGGUCUCUGUCGAUGAUCUCUCUGAACAAAUCUGUGCCUUUGAAGACUACGUCCAAAGUUGUGAUGUUGCUGCUUUCAAUAAAAUCUAA